AUGAGUGUGUUUAAUACGAUAUUUGGCCUGGCCAAGCACGAUAAGGCCAUUGACGGGUUGUUUGGCAGUGCGGCACCGGUGGACCGUACACGGUUGGUGAGAGAAAGAACGGUUCCCGACUCCCGCCCCCAGAAUGUGUCGCCAGAGGAUAUCACCCAAACCCAGACUCUGUCGCCACAAGAUGAUAACCUCCCCCAAACCCAAAGUCAGCCACGCAAAAAAUCCACCCGAGACGAGAACUUUGACUUGGAGGCCCGGUACUUCGAUAAGUUGUUGAAGGAAGACAAGCCAGAUGUCCAACCCGUCCCCAGUGUUGAAGAGUCUUCGGAUGACAGCGAUAGUGAGGAAACCAAACCCGCCAAGCGGGCCAAAGUGGUGGAUCUCAAGGAAACCGAGCUUGAGAAAGCAGAGAAAACCGUUUUCGUAGGAAACGUACCGAUCUCGGUUGUCACCUCCAAACCCACCUACAAGCGGUUCAAACACCUUUUCGCCAACGUGGGACCGGUGCAGUCGAUCCGAUUCCGGUCCAUUUCCUUCGACCAGGCGUUGCCCCGGAAAAUCGCCUUUGCCCAGAAGCUGUUCCACGCCAACCGGCAAAAUAUCAACUCGUACGUGGUGUUUGAAACCAAAGAAGCAUCGUUAAAAGCAGUGGACUUGCUAAACGCCACUGUGUUUGACCAGUUCCACUUGAAGGUCGACCACGUGACCCACCCCACUGCUAAGGACAACAAGCGAACGGUGUUUGUUGGGAAUCUCGACUUUGAUGAGCAGGAGGAAACCUUGUGGAAGUACUUCAACGCGCAUACCGCUAACGACGUGGAGUCGGUGCGGAUUGUGCGCGAUGCCAAAACCAACUUGGGUAAGGGCUUUGCAUUGGUACAAUUCAACGACUCGUUGUCAGUCAACAAAGUGUUGAUGUUACAUGAUAAGCCUAUUGGUGGUGGUAGUAAGCGUAAGUUACGGAUUUCUCGCGCCAAAAACCAUGCCAAACCAUCGGAGUUAUCUCCCAACCACAUCGACAACCAGAAACAAAACAAAAACAAAAAGGGGUUGAGAAGCUUGAACGACAAGCAGAAGACCACUUUGGGCCGGGUCAAGGUUUUGGGUAAGGCUGAUAAAGCCACUGCUGGUGAUGUUAAAAUGGUGAUGGAGGGAGAGCGGGCACACAAACGUGGGCUUUUGAAGAACGGCCAAUUGAAGGUCAAGAAGCCUCGCCACAAGAAGCCCAGAAUAAGAGACCGGUCCACGCGCUUCAAGGAGCAGUUGAAGGCCGGUGCGGGAGGCACUAAGUGA